AAGGUACACAGCAUGCAAGCGGCCGAAUUGCGGCGUCUGGAGUGAAUAUGCAGAUCUGCACAUGGUCGAGCACCAGUCCCACCAGCCCAUACGACCAGAUCAGCAUCAGCCAUGCAGGCGAGGGGCAGGCGUUCCCACUGCUCUCCUGUUCCUCCUCCUCUCCGACAGCUCGUGUUCCCAUCCCUCCGAUCAGAUGACAGCUAUAAUCAUGCGAUACAUCGCACUCACUCAGCGUGAACACACCUUGACACUCUGGGUCAACGUUGGACUCGUUGUCGACGAAGUCAUGAUCAGCGAUGAUCAAGUUCCUACCGCCUGCCAAAGUUGACGCUGAGCGGCAUGGAAAUCACUUCACUUACUCUCGAGAUGCUAAUGUCGAUCUCAAAUGCCCUCGAGUACCCCGACAUCUUCACCGUUUGUCAAGCCGUCUUCUGCAGUCUCAUGCGACGUCAUGGCUCGUCACAUUCAUCUUUUCUCGGAGGAUGUUCUGAGAAAGCAUACUUCGUUCUCGUUCGCAUCUGCCGCCCAGAAUCGCACCGUACGCCGCUUUGAUUGUAACCGUAUUCCAUCAAGAUUACUUCGACGAAAAUGCGCAACGGGACGACGUCGGAGAGCCCAGACACUUGUGCUCACGCGACAAGCAUUUCAGACGAAGAACCCCUGACAUAGAAUGUGCACAUUGCGAGAGAAUAGACUUUCGACAAUAUAGCACGCA